AUGUCGAACUUUGCCGGCCACAUCAAGGAGCUCCGCGCGCUCAUCGCGGGCUCCUCCUCCUCCUCCGCCGCCCCGGCCUCCGCCCACUACGAGGCCAAGCUCCGCGAGGUCCUCCCCAGCCUCCUCCGCGACCACGUCCUCCCCGCCCCCACCGCGACCGAGAUGGAGACGUCGGUGGUGCUCAGGCUGCUCACCUACACGGCGCACAGGUUCCCCAGGGUCUUCUCCAACGGCCGCCCCGCCGAGGUCAUCCGCGUCAUCGGCCGCAUCCUCCCCCUCUUCGCAGACCCCGACUACCAGUCAAUUAUAUUCGAGCCGGUUUGGUCUCUCCUCUCACUUCUCCGCACCGGUGACCGGGAGGCCUACAGGCAGUUCUUCCUGGAUGCGAUGGUUGCAGUAGAAGAUCUACAGUAUGUGGCAUCAAAGCACACGGAGAGUGGAUGUCUUUUAAAAUGCUUCUGUGGAUCCUUCUCGGACAUUUUGGAGUCCCCUGCGAUUUUCAGUGACCUCCCAGAGAGCUUCCAGCCUAAAAAUGGACCUGGCGUGCUGAUUGAUCUGUCUGGUGACAUGAGAUGGUGUUCAUUUGCCACUUCAUUAAUUAGACUCAUCAACAAAUGCCUUACAGAUGGUACCCUGCAUGUUGAAGGGGUUGUUACCAUGCCAUUUGUUUCUGCUGCUUGUUCUAUUCUCUGUUAUGGGGAUGAAUCCCUGCACAAGGUUUGUUUUGAUUUUGCGCGGAUCGUUGCAACGGUGAUGACUGUUGAGAUUCUUCCUACGGAAACUAUUAUUCGUUCAAUCACAUCGAUUCUAAGCCAAGAUGUUAAUGAGCUUUCUAGUAUCAGAGAUCCAGAUUAUGACUUAUCAGUGGGUGCAUGUCUUCAUGCUCUGCAUUCUUCGUGUCCUGGUUAUAUUGUUGAAUCUACGGCUGCUGAUAUUGUCAAUGUUUUCACAAGAGCAGUACAGACCAGCAGAAGCUCAGAGCUUCAGGCUGCGAUGUGCAAUGCGUACAUGAGAAUAGUCGAAGUCUGCUCCCCACAAGUAUGGAAACCAGAGAUCCUUCUGAAGUUGCUCUACUUGCCCAAGCCUUAUGACAAAGUGACUGAAUGCAUUCGACUGGUUGUUGACAAAUUUGGUCAGAGUUCGGUGUCUGUGGAUGCCAGUGAUGAUCGAGGUAGCUUUCAGGAAAAAUCUGAAGUAUCUGACCUGCCAAAAGUCGGCCAGAAAAGAGUAGCUCAGAACCAGGAAAAUACUUUGUACAAACGUCAAAAGAUGUCUGAAUCACGAUCAACCAUUGGUUCAUUUAUGACUAAAUUAUCUCCUGCUGGCAUAGGACAUGAACUAGCAAAAGAUUAUGCCUAUGAUCUUCAAUUGUCACUAAAUUCACGUAUUAAGUUCCUGUCACCUGACAAUCAUAAUGCUUAUCCAUUGGAGCCUGAUAUUGCUAUACAAGUGCUUAGUCUUCUUUCUCUUUCAUUCUGUGUUAACCCAAAGACAAGUCUGUUUAUUAGUAUUUCUAAGCAAGUUCUCUCCUGGAUCCCUUGGAUUUGCAAGCAGGCAACCGAGAAAUGUUUCUUUUCGUUUGACAUGUUACUAUAUUUCAGAGCUCUUCAGACUGUAAUGCUUCUCCGAUCCUUUCAUCCUGGAGACUCUAAACUGUUUGGAGAUGAAGCUCGGCUGAUUGGUGAUCGCAGUGAAGAUUUAGAUUAUCCACUAUAUGUUGAUCUCAUCAGCUUGCUGAAAAGGGUGUGGUCUGACGGUCAUGUUUCCACUCAAACAUCCUUAGACUGGAACUUAAAAUGCCUUGUGGUACAAGUUAUUGCUAAGAUUGGCAGCAGACUGAAUAUUGAUUGUGACCUUGAACUCCUUGAACUGGCUAUCCAUAGUGAAUCUGUGGAGGUUCAAAAUGAGGCUCUUAUGUCUCUGCCCAUUAUUGUACUGUAUUCUGGUCCUAGCAUGCUUGGAGUGAUGUUCAAGAAACUUGAGUUCUUUGGUGAUUUAGGAUCUGAUGACAAAGUGUGGAAAUGUGUUGCCUUUUCACUUGGUUUCCUAUCUUGUUUAAAUGGAACAACUGAUGUUACUGACAAAGCGGGAAACAGUUGCAAGCUGUUCAUGGACAAGGACUCUAAGCAACCAGUCUCGACAUUGGAUCUUCUCUUGAAAGGUUUCUGGUGCCCUCACUGUGAUAACAGAACUGUCAAUACUAAAGAGCAGAUUUCUGUUGUGGACAUGGCAGUACUAGAAGCUGAGAAUGUUGCCUUGAAACAUAAUAUUUUGAAGGCCCACACACUUUUUUUCAAGUUCCUAUAUGCACAGACUUCCAAAGAAUGUAUCAUUUCCAUGGUUGAAGUUUUGCCACGAGUACUGAGACAUUCUAGCAAAGAGGUUUUACUUGAGAUGAAAAUUAAGUGGGUAAAGUGUAUUGAUUUUCUGCUACUUAAUGGAAUGAAAGAUGUCAGAGAUGCAUUUUCUCUUGUAGUAUGCUGCUUUUUGGAAAACAGAGUCAUGGACAUUUUGUUCUCGGAUGAACUGGGAAUGGAGGGAGGGACUAAGGAGCUUAAGUUCAUGGACAAAAUAAAGCAAGCUUUUGCGGAAGCUGAAGAUUCUCAUGUUCUACUGACACUUUUGGAGUCUACUGCUACAAUUAUGCAAGCCAGUGAUACUCAAGGGGAAGUUUUUUUCUGCUCAUUUGUAUUGCUUAUUGCUCAGCUUGAUAACCAUGAUCCCAUUGUAAGGAAGACGGCAUCAAGAUUACUUCACAGAUGCUGCACUUACAGUUUCAAAGAAGGAAUAGAACUCUUCCUCUCGAAUAACUUCCAUGUUAGAGAUGAUUUAUAUGACUAUCUUUCAUCUAGACUAUUAAAUCAUCCUGUAGUGAUUAGUGAAUUUGCUGAGGCUGUUCUUGGGAUUAAGACUGAAGAGCUGAUUAGGAGAAUGGUUCCAUCAGUUAUACCAAAGCUUAUUGUGUCUCACCCAGACAAUGACCAAGCUGUUAUUACUCUGCAUGAACUGGCAAACCAUCUAAACACUGAACUAGUACCAUUGAUUGUUAAUUCACUACCUAAAGUGCUUUCGUUUGCUCUAUUCUAUGAAGAUGGGCAGCACUUGCCGUCUGUUCUACAGUUUUAUCACACCGAAACGGGAAGUGAUAGCAAAGAAAUAUUUGCAGCUGCUUUGCCAACACUGCUUGAUGAGAUCAUAUGUUUUCCUGGGGAAUCUGAUCAUAUCGCGACCGAUAGAAGGACAACAAGAAUUUCACCAACAAUACAGAAUAUUGCAAGAAUUUUGACAGGGAAUGACACCCUUCCUGAGUUCUUGAAGAAUGAUUUUGUCAGACUUCUCAAUAGCAUUGACAAGAAGAUGCUUCAUUCUGAUGACUUGAAGCUUCAAAAACAAAGUCUCCAGCGUAUACGGAAGUUAGUUGAGAUGAUGGGCCCUUAUUUGAGUACACAUGCACCGAAGAUUAUGGUUCUGUUGAUAUUUGCCACUGAUAAGGAAGCUCUUCAAAUGGAUGGUCUUGAUGUGUUACAUUUUUUCAUAAAGCAAUUGGCUGAGGUAUCAUCGACCAGUAUCAAGUAUGUUAUGUCCCAAGUUGUAGCUGCUUUCAUUCCAUCUUUAGAGAAGUGCAGAGAAUGCCCUUCUGUGCAUCUGAGAAAAAUUGUUGAAAUCCUAGAAGAACUGGUUGUGAAAAACAGUAAGUUGCUUAAACAACAUAUACGUGAAUUGCCAUUGCUACCCAACUUACCAUCUUUGUCGGAAGUAAACAAAGUAAUACAGGAAGCCAGAGGAUCAAUGACUCUGCAAGAUCAUCUAAAGGAUGCCGUUGAUGGUCUUAAUCAUGAGAGCUUGAAUGUAAGGUACAUGGUAGCAUGUGAGUUGAGUAAAUUAUUCAAGGCCAAACGGGAGGAUGUUACUGCACUUAUAAUUGGUGAAGAUAUUUCUGAUUUGGAUGUAAUAAGUGCUUUAAUUAUGGCUUUACUUAAAGGAUGUGCUGAGGAGUCAAGGACAAUGGUUGGCCAGAGGCUGAAACUAGUUUGUGCAGAUUGUCUUGGUGCACUGGGUGCAGUUGAUCCUGCUAAGUUCAAGGUAAUUUCGUGUGAGCGCUUUAAGAUUGAAUGUUCAGACGAUGAUCUUAUAUUUGAGUUGAUCCACAAGCAUCUUGCAAGGGCAUUCAGAGCAGCUUCCGACACAACAGUACAAGAUUCUGCUGCCUUGGCUAUUCAAGAGCUACUAAAAUUGGCUGGCUGUCAGUCUUUACCCAAAGAAGAUAAUGGGGAAGAUUCAAGUAGUUGUGAAAUGAGCAGAAGGGGUCAGAAGUUGUGGGGACGUUUUUCUAGUUAUGUUAAGGAAAUAAUUGCGCCAUGCUUGACAUCAAGAUUUCAUCUUCCUAGUGUGAAUGAUGCUGCUUUACUUGGCCCAAUAUACCGCCCAACAAUGUCCUUCAGAAGGUGGAUAUAUUAUUGGAUUAGAAAGUUGACAUCCCACGCAACUGGAUCGCGCUAUGGUAUUUUCAGUGCAUGCCGAGGAAUUGUUCGGCAUGACAUGCCAACUGCGCUCUAUCUCCUACCUUACUUGGUUUUAAAUGCUGUUUGCUAUGGAACUCCAGAGGCUCGGCAAAGCAUCACUGAUGAAAUAUUGUCUGUUCUCAAUGCAGCUGCUUCAGAAAGUAGUGGGGCUAUUGUUCACGGUAUUACUGGGGGCCAGAGUGAGGUUUGUGUUCAAGCCAUCUUCACUUUACUUGAUAAUCUUGGGCAAUGGGUUGAUGAUCUCAAGCAGGAAAUUGCUCUAUCCCAGUCUAAUAAUGCCAUGGCUGGGAGGCAAGCAGGUAAAUUGAACGAUGAAACCUGUUCUAAUAACGGCCAAGAUCAAUUGCUGGUGCAGUGUAGCAAUGUUGCUGAGCUGUUGGCUGCUAUACCUAAAGUUACUCUAGCUAAGACCUCUUUUAGAUGUCAAGCUCAUGCUCGUGCUCUAGCAUAUUUCGAAUCUCAUGUCCGAGAGAAGUCCGGGUCCUCUAAUCCAGCUGCAGAGUGUAGUGGCACUUUUUCAGAUGAUGACAUCUCUUUUCUGAUGGAAAUAUAUGGAGGAUUGGAUGAGCCUGAUGGCCUAUUAGGUUUAGCUAAUCUGAGGAAUUCGUCAAGCCUACAAGAUCAACUUAUCAUCAACGAGAAAGCUGGAAACUGGGCUGAAGUGCUAACACUAUGUGAACAUGCUUUGCAGAUGGAACCUGAUUCUGUCCACAGACAUUGUGAUGUUCUCAACUGUUCGCUAAACAUGUGCCACCUCCAAGCCAUGAUUGCGCAUGUGGAUGGUUUGGUUGGCAGAAUACCUCAGUAUAAGAAAACAUGGUGCAUGCAAGGUGUGCAAGCAGCUUGGAGAUUAGGAAGAUGGGAUCUCAUGGAUGAGUACCUACCCGAGGCAGACAAAGGUCUUGUGUACAGUAGCACGGAGAACAGUGCUUCGUUUGACAUAGGUCUAGCAAAAAUAUUCAAGGCGAUGACGACAAAAGAUCAGUUUAUGGUUGCUGAAAAGAUCGCCCAGUCCAAGCAAGCGUUGCUUGUCCCGUUGGCUGCAGCAGGCAUGGACUCGUAUAUGCGUGCCUAUCCUUACAUUGUCAAGCUCCACAUGCUGUGUGAGCUGGAAGACUUCAACUCCCUGCUGGGAGAUGAGUCAUUUCUUGACAAAUCAUUCAGUGCAGAUGAUCCAAGUUUUCUGAAGUUAACAAAAGACUGGGAUAACCGUCUUAAAUGUACACAAUCGUCUCUGUGGGCAAGGGAGCCUUUGCUUGCUUUCCGAAGGAUGGUUUAUAAUCUUAGUCAUAUGAAUUCUCAAGUUGGGAACUGCUGGCUUCAGUACGCUAAGCUCUGCCGUUUGGCUGGUCAUUAUGAGACAGCCCACCGUGCAAUACUGGAAGCAGAUGCUUCAGGUGCUCCAAACGUUCACAUGGAGAAGGCAAAGCACCUCUGGAAUAUACGGAAAUCUGAUAGUGCUAUAGCUGAACUUCAGCAAACGCUUCUAAACAUGCCCGCAGAGGUUUUGGGAAAUGCUGUCCUUUCAUCACUUUCCAGCCUUUCUCUCGCAUUGCCAAAUGCGCCUAUCUCUGCAACACAAGCAUCAAAAGAGAAUCCAGAUGUGUCUAAAACCCUUCUUCUUUAUACUAGAUGGAUCCACAAUACAGGGCAAAAACAGAGCGAGGAAAUCAAAACUCUCUACAGCAGAGUAACAGAGUUGCGGCCCAAGUGGGAGAAGGGCUUCUUUUGCAUGGCAAAGUUUUUGGAUGAUUUACUUGUUGAUGCUAGGAAACGUCAGGAAGAUAAGAAAUUCACAGGUGGAGUUGGAUCUGUUACUCCUGGCUCCGCUGGAAGUGCAAGUGCCCCAGCUAAAGAGAGGCCUUGGUGGGAGUUGGUUCCAACAGUCUUGCUAUGUUAUGCAAAAGGACUUCACAAAGGACACAAGAAUCUUUUUCAAGCACUACCACGGUUACUUACGGUUUGGUUUGAAUUUGGAAACAUAUACAUCCAAGAAGGGCCAAGUGCAGAAAUGAAAGUCGUUCAUGAUAGGAUGUUAGCCGUCGUCCGUGGGUGCUCGAAGGAUCUACCAACUUAUCAGUGGCUAACUGUGCUGUCUCAGUUGAUAUCUCGCAUCUGUCAUCAGAAUGCUGAACUUGUCAGAGUUGUAAGAUACAUUAUCCAGGUGGUUUUACAGGCAUACCCUCAGCAAGCACUUUGGAUGAUGGCUGCAGUGUCAAAGUCGACAGUUUCUGCAAGACGAGAGGCUGCUACACAAAUAUUAAAAUUAGCAAAGAAGGGUGUUGGGAAGAGGAGCGACUAUGUUGCGCUGUUUAAUCAGUUUCCUUCUCUAAUAGAACAUCUGAUUAAGCUGUGCUUUCACCCAGGGCAGCCCAAGGCGAGGUCAAUAAAUAUCUCAACUGAGUUCAGUUCCUUGAAAAGAAUGAUGCCCCUAGGAAUUAUAUUACCUAUCCAACAGGCUCUCACUGUAACUCUGCCAUCAUACGAUUCAAAUAUGUCAGGUCAAUCUACUUUUCACCCCUUUUCAAUCUCUGAGCAUCCUACUAUAGCUGGAAUAGCCGACGAUGCAGAGAUCCUUUCCUCCCUUCAGAAACCAAAGAAGGUUGUGUUCCUCGGAAGCGAUGGAGUGGCUCGCCCAUUUCUAUGUAAACCGAAGGACGAUCUUAGGAAGGAUGCACGCAUGAUGGAGUUCAAUGCUGUGAUCAAUCGUCUCCUCUCCAAAGUUCCUGAGAGCCGCAGGAGGAAGCUUUAUAUCAGAACCUUUGCCGUGGUUCCACUUACAGAAGACUGUGGACUGGUAGAAUGGGUGCCCAACACCCGUGGUCUUCGGCAUAUUCUUCAGGACAUAUACAUAACUUGCGGGAAGUAUGACAGGAUGAAAACAAACUCGCAGAUGAAGAGGAUAUAUGAUGUAUGCCAUGCCAGCAAAAUACCUGAAGACGAGAUGAUGAAAACUAAGAUCCUUCCAUUGUUUCCCCCGGUGUUCCACAAAUGGUUCUUGACGACAUUCUCUGAACCAGCUGCAUGGUUUCGUGCCAGAGUGGCAUAUGCGCAUACCGCCGCAGUUUGGUCAAUGGUUGGGCACAUUGUGGGGCUUGGUGACAGGCACGGCGAGAACAUCCUUAUCGACGCGACGACCGGGGACUGUGUUCAUGUGGAUUUCAGUUGCUUGUUUGACAAGGGUUUGCAGCUCGAGAAGCCCGAGGUGGUGCCGUUCAGGCUUACACAAAACAUGAUCGAUGGGUUGGGCAUCGCUGGAUACGAAGGCGUCUUUCUGAAGGUCUGCGAGAUCACUCUGUCGGUCCUCAGGGGCCACAAGGAGGCGCUCAUGACCGUCCUCGAGACCUUCAUCCACGACCCGCUAGUGGAGUGGACCAAAGCCCACAAGUCCAGCGGAGGGGAGGUCCGAAAUCCGCAAGCGCAGAGAGCCAUUGCCAACAUCACGGCGAGGCUCCAGGGCGUCGUGGUGGGCGUCAACGCGGCUCCCUCCCUGCCGCUCUCCGUCGAAGGGCAGGCGCGGCGGCUGAUCGCGGAAGCGGUCUCCCACAAGAACCUCGGCAAGAUGUACAUCUGGUGGAUGCCCUGGUUCUGA